AUGAACCUAAGUCCAGAAGCAGUGGUAGCAUCCGGCGUUACCGACGAUGGAAAAGAGCUGGAAAGACACGGUAGUCUGCAGGCGGGCAUCGUGGUUGACCCUGCCGUGGAGAAGAGAGUCCUUAGAAAGUUGGAUAGGCGACUGGCACCGCUCUUUGCCUUGCUCUAUUUCCUCGCCUACUUGGACCGGUCAAACAUAGGCAACGCAGCUGUGGUGGGAUUGAAAAGCCAAUUGCACCUCACGGAAGAUCAAUACAGCACUGCCGUCAGCGUCUUUUUCGCGACUUAUGUCACGUUCGAGCUGCCCGUCGUGUUGGCUAUGAGACGUCUGCGUCCGCAUAUUCUCAUCGCUUCGAUGGCCCUGGCAUGGGCCGUCGUUACUAUCGGCACAGCCUUUGUCCGCUCAUUCGGUUCACUCGUGGCCUGUCGUGUGCUGUUAGGACUUUGUGAGGCGGGGUUUUUCCCUUGCUUGUCUCUCUAUAUCACCAUGACCUAUAAGCGGGAGGAGCAGGGUCUUCGUCUUGCGUAUCUUUUCGCGUCUAGCUCCUUGUCCAGCAUGUUUGGUGGUCUCAUCGCCACAGGGAUCACGAAAGUCGGCGAAGUUGGCAACCUUCAGGCUUGGAGCUGGCUAUACAUCAUCGAAGGACUGGUCUCAACUAUCAUCGUUCCGUUCAUUUUCCUGUACCUACCCGACAACCCAAGGAAAGCCAAAUUCUGGACUCCUGAGGAGCAUGCAGUCAUGGAACAACGUGAUCUUCAACGCCAGGAGUAUCUAGGUAGCCAGGUGUUUGAGUGGAAAGAAGUCGCUUCCGCCUUCUGCGACCCGAAGCUUUACGCCACGGCCCUGAUUCAAUUUUUCCAGGAUAUCAUCUUGUACGGCUUCAGCACAUUCCUUCCAUCUAUCCUCAAGCUCGGUUUGGGGUACUCGAGCCUGCAGGCUCAGUAUCUCGGUGUGCCUGUGUACGCCUUGGGUGGCAUCUCCUUCUUCUCGGCCGCUGUGCUCGGCGACAAGUUGAGGCUCCGAGGGACGUUACUGUUCUUCGUGGACAUCUUUGCUAUCGUCGGGUAUAUUUUACUGCUCUCCGUCAAGAGCUCAGGUGUGCAGUAUUUUGCUUACUACCUGAUUGCCAUCCCGUUGUAUUGUGGUCCCGGUCUGAACGAAAUCUGGAUCAACAACAACAUGGCGGGGCACUACCGCCGUUGGAGUCCAACAAGCGAUUGGCAAUCUGGCUGGCGUAGUGGCACCCCAGGUCUACAGGAAGGCGCCCUAUCGACUCGGCCAUUGGGCUUCUCUGGUCUCUGGUAUCAUCAGCAUGUGUCUGAUUGCAGCACAAAUCACGUACCUCUGGUUCAUGAACAGAACGAAGGAACAGAUCCCGAACGGGGAGAGAGCAGAUGA